AUGUCUGACUUAUCAAUUAAAAUUAAUUUACCAGAUGGGAAAUCUUAUGACCAACCAACUGGUCUUUUCAUCAAUAACAAAUUUGUUCCAGCUAAAUCUGGUGAAUUCAUUGAAUCAAUAAAUCCUCAUACCGAUGAAGUCAUUGCUAAAGUUCAUGCUGCUGGUAAAGAAGAUAUCGAUGAUGCAGUCGCUGCUGCUAAAGCUGCUUUCAAAUCAUGGAAAAAAUUAGAUGGUACUGAAAAAAGAGAUUUAUUAUGGAAAUUAGCUGAUUUAGUUGAUGAAAGACGUGAAAUAUUAGCAUCUUUAGAAGCUCAUGAUUCUGGUAAACCAAGAGAUACUAAUGCUAUUUAUGAUAUUGAUGAAGUUAUUGAUUUAUUAAGAUAUGUUGCAGGUUGGGCUGAUAAAAUGACUGGUAAAACUAUUCCAGCUGGUCCUGGAAAAUUUGCUUAUACAGUACAUGAACCAAUUGGUGUUGUUGGUUGUAUUAUUCCUUUCAAUUAUCCAUUAGGUAUGUUUGCUUGGAAAUUAACUGCAAUUGCAGCUGGUAAUACUGCUAUUUUCAAAUCUGCUGAACAAACUCCAUUAUCAAUUUUAUAUUUUGCCAACUUAUUCGUUGAAGCUGGAUUCCCACCAGGUGUUGCCAAUGUUGUUUCAGGUACUGGUAAAGUUGCUGGUAAUGCAUUAGUUGAACAUUUAGAUGUCUCCAAAAUUGCAUUCACUGGUUCAACUGCAACUGGUCAAUUAAUUCAAAAAACUGCAGCUAUUAAUUUAAAAGCUUUAACUUUAGAAUGUGGUGGUAAAACUCCGUUAUUAGUUUUUGAAGAUGCUGAUUUUGAUCAAGCUGUUAAAUGGACUGCAUGGGGUAUUUUCAAUAAUAUGGGUCAAAUUUGUACAGGUUCUUCAAGAGUUUAUGUUCAAGAACCAAUUUAUGAAAAAUUCUUGGAAGCUUUGAAAAAACAUGUUGAAGAAGAGUAUCCACAAGGUGAUCCAUUUGAUUCAAAAGCUGUUGUUGGUCCUCAAGUUUCCAAAGCACAAUAUGAAAAAAUCUUGGGUUAUUUAAAAUCUGGUAAAGAAUCAGGUGCUCGUGUUAUUUUGGGUGGUGAUAAAUCAAAUAUUAAAGGUCUUGAAAAAGGUUAUUAUGUUCAACCAACAAUUUUUGCAGAUGUUAAACAAGAUUACAAAAUUGUUAAAGAAGAAAUUUUUGGUCCUGUUGUUUCAGUUGGUAAAUUUUCUACAACUGAAGAAGCUAUUGAAUUAGCAAAUGAUUCAGUCUAUGGUCUUGGUGCUUCAUUAUUUACUCAAGAUAUUACAAAAGCUCACACUAUUGCACAAGAAUUAGAAGCUGGUAUGGUUUGGAUCAAUUCAAAUAAUGAUUCUGAUGUUAAAAUCCCAUUCGGCGGUGUUAAAUUGAGUGGUUAUGGUCGUGAAUUAGGUGAAUAUGGUAUGAGUACUUUCACUCAAGCAAAAGCUGUUCAUGUUAAUUUAGCAAAUAAAUUAUAA